AUGGGGCACGCAGUACGCCAGUUCAAGGCACUGUUUUGGAAGAAUUGGCUCUGCCGUGUGAGGCAACCGGUCUUGUUCCUCUCUGAAAUACUCUGGCCAUGCAUGCUCUUCCUGAUUUUGGCUGCAAUCCGCUUCCAAGAGCCCCCGAAACAUAAGGAAAACUGUUAUUUAGAAGCUCGGGAUUUGCCAAGUCGGGGCCUUUAUCCUUUUGUGCGGUCUCUUUUCUGUAAUGUUGGCUCAAGAUGCAGGAAUACCAGUUACUCAACACAGAAAUACAACCGCUUACGUUCUUCAGGUGUUGAAAGUGGUUCAGAAAGUUUUGCAGGACCUGACUUAGCGUUUAUGAAAGAGAUACAAGAACUUGCAAAGGGAUUUACUGAAACCACAGAGAAAACCAUGGCUUUAGAAAAACUGUGGGAAGAAAGCUCAAAGUUCUCAGGGCUUCAUAAUGGCACCACUUUUCUUACUAUGGAUUUGAAUGAAGCAGAAGAAAUCAUUUCUAAAAUAGAAAACCUGUACAAACAGCCAUCUUUCUGGAACCUUUUGCAUUCUCUCCCUCGCCUUGAAUCAAAGAACUUAUAUUCAGAGGAUGGAUUAGCUGCCAUAGCACAGUUUCUGGAAGUUAUUAAAAAUACCUUAGUAUCAUUGAAAGACUUAGCUGUGAUGCCACUGGGACAGACUUUCCAUGAAGUGAUGAAAAUCGCUCUAAAUUUAACUGCUGCAUCUGUACAGGAGAGGAGCUUGGAGGGUUUUCAGUAUAAUCUUUCUCUAGAGGAUGUUUUGCGGAAUCCACGUGCUGUCAGAGAAGAACUUGAAUUCAGAUUUGGUUUUGAUGAUCUUCAUGUUCAGAAACUUCUAAGUUAUACAACACAAUUAACAAAGAUUCCCACAGAAGAAACAGUGGAGCAGUUUGUGUGCUCUGCUCUGUCCAGUGUACCAGGAUAUGAAGCAAACAAAGAGAAUAAUGAAGAAAGCUGUAUUUCCACAUCUCAAGAGGCCAAAUUGUAUCUCAUCCAUGCUGUCAGCAAGCUCAGACUCUAUGCACAGGUAUUUGAGCAAUGGUUCAGUAGCAGCCACUCUCAGAAUCUUCUUUCAGAACUUGAAAUAAUCAUGGCUGAUUUAAUGUCUCAGCUGCUAGAAGACAAAGAGGCCAGGAAAAUUGUCUCAGAAAUAAGUACCUUGAUCCAGCAGUGGGAUAAGAAAUCACAAGCUUAUUUUUCAGAAGAACAUACUGCACCUCAUGAUCUAAUCCUAUAUCUGAAGAAGAUGCAGGCUGUGCUGCAGGCUCUGCCUCAGUGGUCUGUUGUGAAGAGAUUACGUCUAGUAGAUGGAGCUCUGAGGAAUGUAGUAUUACAGUAUUUAAACUUCGCUGACGAAGCUUUACAUAGCCUGGAGAAAAUGAUUCCCUUUACCCAAAGAAAUGAAUCUGUUCAUCUGGACAUCAAAAAGCUUUUUGUGGAGCUAAAACAGAUGUUGAUGAGCAACUCUUCCUAUGUCUGUGCUGAUGUGCUUACAAUGUUUGGGAAGGCCCUCAGACAUCCACAGAUUUCUGAUACCACUGAUAAUUUAGCCAUAUAUAUGUGCACUGGCAAUGACUCGGAGGUGGCUUUCAAGCAAAGCAACCAGCUCCAGUCACUAAGGAAAGCUGUCCUGCUCCUGCAGAAAGUAACUCAGGGACAACAGAACGUGCCAGAUUCAAUAGUGGAUGAUUUUUUGGGAUGGCAAGAAAUAGAAGAAGAGUUAGCUGAAAAUCAUGCAUAUUACUGUGAAACUGAUCCAUUGCUGAGUGCAGAGGAGGAUGUCCAUUUCAGCUCUUGUGAGGAACAGCUUCUCUUCUCACUAAUUAAUAUUACCCUUGAAGAAUUUUUUUUUACUUUUGAAAAAAACCCAUACUGGAAGUAUUUAACAACUUUCGUCCAAUGGACAUGCGAAGUAGCUCAGCUCACAGAUGAGGAAGCAGGCACCACAGGACAUCAGUUAGAUGGAUCUGAAGCAUCUCUAUGUUCUAGUCAGAAACUUGGUUUGGAGACUAUCUUAAGUCAUUAUUUAUUAGCAUUUCUGCAAGAUUUAUCAGAUCAUUCCUCAUUUAUUUCCUGGGCACGGAAUUUGACAUCUAUAAAAGAGUUUUUGAAGUCAGAAGAAAAUAUAUGGAUUUCAAGUGAAAAGGAAAUGGAUGACAUUUUACAUCUUGCAGAAAUUGUAGAAGAAAUUGUAGUGUUUAACUUCUCAGUUCUUUCAGGCAUCCGACCUCUAAUGGAAACUACCUUGAGUGAAGUGAUUAUGUGGAUGAAAGGGGAGGAAUCCACGAGAAAUAUUUCACUUGCAGUUUCUGAGCUCUAUAAUGAAAUACAAAAAAAUUUACAGGCUCAUCUGAGAUUUUGGAUGAAGGAGAAGAUGGAUUUUUUCUGGGAAAUGUUGAAAAUUGUGUCUCAUGAACUUAAUUCCAGGGUUUCUCACAUAGGUCAAGUGGAAGUUGAGGAGACACUGGAAUCUUUAUCUAGUUUUAUAUCUCCUGUUACAGAAAAUAAAAACAGUCUUAAUAGAAGCAUUCAAUUGCUCAAAAAUAUCCUAGCAGAUUGGCAAGAUUUAAAUAGUCCUACUCUGAACCAUCUAAAAUACUUAAGAGAAAACUUUCUAAGGAAUCUCUAUGAGAUUGUAUCGUUGGCUGACAGUCAUGUCAAUGCAUCUUUCAGCAUAGGUCAUGGAGUGAGUAAUACCUCCUUUUCAUUACUGUCAAAUGCAAUGUUUAUAUAUAAAGUACAAGAGUUAGGCAAAAUUGUUCCCAAUUUCUUUAAAGACAUUCAAAAAUUAAACAGUAGUAGUGUGGAAUCACUUCUUCAGAUACUUUUCUCUUUGUAUCAGAACGCUGAUCUGCUCUUAAAUGCUGAGAGCAAUAACACUUUGAUGUUUCUUUAUAACACCUCAAAAGAAAUUUCAUCCUUUCAAACAUGGAAUGAUUUCCGAGAUAUGGACCAAAUUUCUGAUUUUCUAUCUGAAACUUUUGAUCUUCUUUGGAACUUUACCAAUAAGUCACUCUGUGAAAAAUUACUGGCCUUUUACAAUUACACAGAAUUUCAGGCCUGGUCUUUUAUACAGGAAGGCAAAAAAGAGUUGCAAGUUGUCUAUAAUAUUCUGAGCAGCCUUAAAACCUUAUUUUUAGAUGAAGACCUUGAAGCAGCUGCCUUUUGUUAUUUGGAACAAUUUUUUGACAUCUCCCCAGAAUGCGUUGUAAGAAAUGGGUGCGUUUACUUUUAUCCAUCAAACAUCACUUCUGUAAAUGAUUCAGCAGAGGUUUACAAUCUCCUGCUUCCAUUGGACAGUGUCUUGUAUAAUAUAACAAAACUGGAAGAUAAGGUAAGUUUCUCUUCUGCUUUGCAUUGUACUUUUACAUGGCUUCAAAUAUGGACAGAGAUUUUUGAAGAAACAUCCAGAAUCUUAAAAUUGAAUUCAACCUUUUUUGUCUAUCUAAGAAAUGAUUUGAGAAACCUCUCUGAAAGCAUUUUAAAUACAACUCAUAAUGAACUGUGCAAUAAAACAACAAUGGCUAUUGUUGAAUCUACAUCAGCAAUUAAUCUGUUGAAAAUGAUAGUUGAAGGUGGUGAUUCAAGUGACUGGAAAGAUUUUGAAACUUACCUUUCUGUAUUUGAAAAUGUUUUUGAAAAUGCAAUUGAUGAUGCAAGUUCGCUUAAAGGUAACAGUUCAGAUGAUGUUUUAGAAAUGAUUGAAGUUGUGAUAACUGAAUUGCAGCAAUCCAUACUAAAGGUUGUUAAUAGAGACUUUUUGAGUUCUUGGCUUAAUACAUUCAUCUCAGGAGGAUCGGAGCGAGAAAGGAGCUCCAGUGAGUUUUCCAUUGGGAAUUCACUUUCUACUAUUCUCAAACUCUCCCAAAAAGAACUUGGAUUUGUUCUUGCUGAGAUAAAGGACACUGCUGCUUUCUUAACAUAUGCACCUCUAGAUAAAUAUUUGGUUUGUGCUAGCGUUUUACAGAAUAUUACAAAAUUCAUUUCUGACAGUACUCUGAAAAACAUAAACUAUUCACACUUGAAUUUUUCAUCCUAUAUUCAUUCCCUGCUCAAAUCUUACAGUGUAAUAGAAGGAGUAGAGAAUUGUAAUGGGUGGAUCCAUGGACUUCAUUAUCUCAGUGAAAAAUACAAGUCACCUUCUCACCUUGAAAAUGCAAAGCAUAUUUUAUUUCUACUGAAAUCUCUGGGAAACACUGAGACAAAUGCUAAGCUAAAAAACACUGUGGACUUCCUUAAUUCAAUUUUCAAUUUUAUGAUCCCUGAGUGCUCUGUAACUGGUUAUGAUGUGAUUUGUGUAAACAUUUAUUUCAAUAUUAUAGGAAGAGCUUUGGAAGUUGUUCUCCCUGAAUUUAAUGUACAAAAUGACACUAAUGUGCUUGAAUAUAUUUUUACAUUCUUAAAUAAUUCUGGAGGACUAAUACAAGAGGUUGUGAAUAAUUUAAUGGGUCACUCACAAAAUACAUCAGAUGAUACUGGUUUCAAUCACUCAGUCCAUGGAUCUAACAGCACUUUAGGGACCUUCCUUAAUCCCUUCCACAGUGUUUGGCUUUCCUCAAUAGAACUUUUGUCAGAAAUUCAGCAUCUUCUUGAAAACAAAACUUCUGAAAUGCAAGAAAGCAGCUCCUCUUUCUUUGAUGAGAAAAAUAUCAGUUUGUUGAUGGAGAUAUUUCAAGUUGUGCUUAGUAAACUGAAUAAAUUCAAUUCAAGCUUGCCUCAUGAAUUGCAGGGUGAAUACAAUACGCUUCUUGAGAGACUGACAGAAAAAGCAGCUCUGAAUGGUAAACUGGUAGGUCUCAAAAUUUUCAAGUCUUCAAGCCUUACUAGUUUUCCAAUAAGAAAUGGUAGAGAGUUUCUAGAGCACAUGAUAACCUUGGUGCAAAAUCUGAAGAACGUGGAUAUUGAGUUCUUGAUAGGUCAAUUCAAACAAGUCCAGAUGGGCUUGGACAAUUUCUUUAAAAAUAUCAAACCUCUGCAGAGGGGGAGUUCUGAGUUAGAGAUGUUAAUAGACUGGUGGGAUGCAUUUGAGAACAGUUCAUGUAAUUGGAACCUGACUGGUUUAUGGCACAUCACGCAACUUUUUCAAGAGGAUCUCUCUGAUGUAGAAGAGGUGUUCUAUCUUCUCCUUGAUGUCAACAGCGUUAUGGAAAGUCUAGCUCAUGGGAACAUAACAGAAGUACUAGCUGAUGUGUAUACUUUUGCACUGACUCAAGAAGCAAAAAUGUCAAUGUUUACAAAGGAAGAAAUCUCUAAUCAAGUAGAAAGUCUACUAAUGUUAUUAGAGACACUGACAGAUGUGCCUAAUGAACCCUCAGAGGCCUCAAUUUGUUUUUCUGCAGAAUUCUGCUGGAUUCUCAGAAUGGUAACACUUCAGAGCGAUCCCACUUCCAAACCUUGUGACUUUAUGCAAAGUAAUUUUCCUCUGAAUCACAGUGCAGUCUUACACAAAGAAGUGAAACUUGUUACUCUGAAUGACAGCUUCUUGUGCACUAUGGAAGAUUUUCAGACUGACAUUACUCAUAAUCUCACUUGCUUUAUUCAUCAGAUUAAAGAAUGGAACUCUAUUCUUUUGAAGUUUUCUGAGCUCCAUCAUAUAAAUGAUUCAUUUCUUAAAGAACUGCUAGCUUUUUGGAAUGAGCUAUACCGCUAUGCUGUACCUCUGCAGGCAAAUAAUACAAACUCAACUGUCAACUGUUCCUCCACGUCAAAGAGAAAAGUGGCUUUAGAAAUCAUAGAAACUCUGAGUAGUAUGCCGGCAGCAGAAAUAGAGAUGUCUGAAUAUGUUCUUGAACAGCUGAAUGAUCUUUAUGGUGGCUUAAGCUGGAGCAGGCACUCAAGCAUAUCACUUACAGAGACUGUUUUACCUUAUGUCAAGAACAUGACAACUGAAGUUUCUGGACUUUUGGAUACAGAAGCUGUCCAUUCUUUUCUUUCUGUAGUUCAGCCUUUCAUGACUUUGUCUUCUGUUGAAAACCAAGCUUACUCGAUACUCAUGGUAUUAUCAUCUUUAAAUGGAAACAACAAUAUAUCUGAUAACAUUGAGAACAUCUGGUUUCCUGUAGUUAAAAGAACAGAAGAUUUGUUGUUGAAUUUCAGUGUGAGACAGUCACUUGCAGUAAUAGACCAAGAGUUUCAGCUAUUAAGGUUAGCCACUGGACGGUCCUCUUCAGUGACUUUUGAUGUGUUAAUACAGCAGUUUAAUACAUCAUCUGUAGAGGCUGCGUUAAGAAAACUUGAAGACAUACAAGAGAUUAUGAACAGCUUUCUGUGUGAGUGUAAUAAUCAAAAUUAUUCUAAAGUGAUGCAACCUCUAGUCCUUCUUAUGGCUAAAGAAAAAUCAUCAGAUCUACUGCUGGUUGUUAAAGAUAUUAUUGACUUUCUGGAACUAUUCCAAAAUAAAUCUAAAGAAGAUUACACCGAUAUGUUGUUUGUUGAUGAUCACCUUAGCAGAGAGAUAUUGAAUGCUACUUACAUUGCUAAUUCAGUUUUUCAAAACUUUCUCUUUCAUAUGAUUGAUGACCUUGCUGUUACAAAAGAAGCUCUGCAUGCAAACAGUACUGAGCGUAAGAUAGUUGACUUCAUUGAUUCAUUUUUUGAUAAUGCGCAAUACGAAAAUGUUUCUACUCUGUCACAAAGCAGAACUCUGGAGAUCAUGCAAGAAGUGUUGCAAAUUACAUUUGCAUAUUUCACAGAACAUAACAGGAAUAACGUAGCUUUAGGAAAGGAUUUGAGAGCAUCUAAAAUAUGUCAAAUUCUUCAGCAACAUUUGCAACCUACUAGUGUUCUACUAUUGCAUAAGUUGCAGUUUGCCAUUUUGAAUAUUCUUAAAAUCUUCUCAGAAGAACCAGUUGUCACUGGCAACCUUUUCUGUGUUGUUAUGAAGUGUAAAGAUGGCAUGAUGCGUCACUUAAUAAUCUCUAUAAUUGAAGGAAUCAGUCUGGUUCAAGACCAUUAUCAGAGUAUUGAAAGAAUGUGGAAGAUUUUCAACAAGGGAGACUGUGAGAGCAUGGCAUAUGUAAACCUAAAACUUUCUGAUAAUCUAGAGAGCUUCCUGAGAGCCUUACAGAAUACUACUGAUGGCAGCUGUGAUUGUCAACUAAUGUUGGAGAACAUCCAGAGACGCUUGCAAAAACUGAUUGAAAAUUGGGAGAUACAGUUGUCAGAAAAUCCUGUGGUAGCUUUUCUGAGCAAUUUUAAUCUUUUAAAUGAUAUGAAAGUCAAAGAUUAUGUGCAGAAUAUUACUGAAUUGAGGCUGGACAUUCUUUCUUCUGUCAACAUCUCUGAAGAAACUAUCAGUAGCAUUUUGGAAGCUAAUAUCUCUUUUUCAAAGGUUUUUUACAGUGCCUUUGUGAUAGCCUUCACUCAAAGAUGUGAUGAAGAAGUACUUAGCCUUCUGCUCAAGCUAUCUGAAAAGAGCAAAGCCUCCCUGGCAGUGGAAGAAUUGUGUUCUUUACCAGCACUGGAUCUUUACACCACAUUUGUACUGAUUAUAAAGAAUUUGAACUUACGCCAUAUAAUUUACACGAAUAAGAUACCUUCUGAGAUGAGCAAUGUACUAAGCACAUUACUGGAUGUGGUCUCUAGUAUCAGCUCUCUUCUUAAUAAAGUCCAGCAUGUAAUGGAAAACCUCCCAGUGUUCCUUAAAGCAAUUCAAAACAUUGGGAUGUUUGAUAUCUCUGCACUGCAACAGUUCUUGCAAGGUGGACGGUUCAGAAGUUCAGCUAUUGGAUCGCUGGAGUCUGUAAUCAAGGCAGUAUGUAAAGAAGAAUCUCCGUUUUUCAGCAAUGCAAACCUGUUUGUUGAUAUGCCCAGAAUCACGGGGCUCUUAGAGGACAAUAUGGGAAAAUAUGGGAUUCCUGAAGAUUCAACUCCUUUUUGUCUGAAGCUUUAUCAGGAGAUUUUACAGUCUUCAAAUGGGGCUUUGGUAUGGACUUUCCUGAAACCUUUAUUACAUGGGAAGAUAUUGUACAAUUCAAACAUCAGCAUGAUUGACCUGGUUAUAGAGAAGGCUAAUUUCACUUUUGGUUUUGUGGAAAACUUGAAGACUUAUUCGCAAACAUGGCUAAGGAUGUCUGAAGUUUUUAAAAACCGUGGAAAUGUCCUCAUGGUCUCACGGCUGCAGGAAACACUGCAAAACAAUUUUGUAAAGCACUUUGUGGAAAGUAACCUGGAUAUAGACCUGGAAAAACUCUUCAAGAAAAUGCAAGUUUAUGAAAUUAUGAUGGGCAAGACACUUAACAGCUCAGCAAGUAGACAAAUCGACCUGUUGUCACAACUCAUAGUAAAUAUCUCUUCUUGUGUAUUACUGGAUCGUUUCCAGUCUUUUGAGUCUGUUGAUAAAUUGGAGGAGAAAGCUCACGAACUCAUGCAGCACAAUAAUUUUUUGGCUAGUAUCAUCUUCAAUACAACCGGAAACAAGACGCCAGAUUCCAGCGAUCUCCUUACACAGCACAUUUCGUAUACAAUUAGAACCAGCGUUCUCUAUAGCAUGAGAACGGACUUGAUUAAAAACCCAGCAUGGAAAUCUCACCCCCAGAAGCUGCCAUCCGAUGGGUUUAAAUACAAUCAUAUCUUUAUUCCUCUUCAAGACAUGAUUGAAAGGGCUAUAAUUUCAGCACAGACUGGGUUAGAUAUCUCAGGGCCAGCAAUUCAAGUGCAAGCCAUGCCUUAUCCUUGUCAUACCAGUGAUCUAUUUUUGAACAACAUAGGUUUUUUUUUCCCACUUAUGAUGAUGUUAACGUGGAUGGUUUCUGUUGCUAGUAUGGUUCGCAAGCAGGUUUAUGAAAGAGAAAUUCAUCUUGAAGAGUAUAUGAAGACAAUGGGAGUUCAUCCAGCCGUUCACUUCCUUGCUUGGUUUCUGGAGAACAUAAUUGUGCUGACAAUAAGCAGCUGUGCACUGGCCAUCAUUUUAAAAGCGAGUGGUAUCUUUGCUUAUAGCAAUGGUUUCCUCAUCUUCCUUUUUCUCCUGGAUUUUGGAGUGACAGUUAUUAUGUUAAGUUAUUUUCUGGGAGUUUUUUUUAGCAGUGCCAAUACUGCAGCUCUGAGUGCCAGCCUUGUCUAUAUGAUCAGUUUUUUACCCUACAUAGUUUUGUUGGUCUUGCAGAACCAGUUGAGUUUUACCAAGCAGAUUAUGAUGUGUCUUCUCUCUACAACGGCCUUUGGACAAGGAGUAUUUUUCAUUACAUUCUUUGAGGGCCAAGAAAUAGGAAUUCAGUGGAAUAACAUGUACCAGCCAAUGGUGAAAGGAGGAUACAUGACCUUUGGAUGUACCUGCUGGAUAAUGUUCUUCGACUCCAUUUUGUAUUCUGUAGGUGGCUGGUAUUUCAGCAAUAUUAUUGUAGGAAAAAAUGGACUAAGGAACUGUUGGUACUUUCCUUUUACUUUUUCCUAUUGGAAGAACCUAUGUGGUUUACAGAGGAUGAGAAAACAUUAUCUGAAUUCUAACAUGUUUUUCUUCAGUGAAAACUUCAAAGAGAGAGAUUUAGCCCCUCCAGGCUGGAAAGGCACUUGCACAGAAGGAGCCACCAUUGGUGUUGUGUUGCUGUCUCUCACCAAAGAACAUGUGGAUAGCCAUAAGGCUGCUGUUAAAGACCUCAGCCUCACCUUCCAUAAAGGCCAAAUAACAGCACUCUUGGGACCUAAUGGAGCUGGCAAAACAACAGUUAUAUCAUUGUUGACUGGUCUGUACCCACCCAGCUCUGGUACCGUUCUUAUCAAUGGAAAGGACAUACGAACUGACCUGGCUGCCAUCAGGACAGAGCUGGGUGUUUGUCCACAGUAUGAUGUUCUGUUCAACAUACUAACAGUACGAGAGCAUCUGCUCCUUUAUGGAUCAGUGAAGGCACCUGGCUGGACAAAUGAACAGUUGAAUCAGCAAGUCAGUGGAGCUCUGGAAGAUGUGGAUUUAUCCCAACACCAGUACAAACCCAUUGGAGCCCUUUCUGGGGGAAUGAAAAGGAGGCUGUCAAUUGCCAUUGCCUUUAUUGGAAACUCAAAGACUGUUGUUUUAGAUGAGCCCACCAGUGGAGUAGAUCCAUGUUCCCGCCGUAGCAUUUGGGAUGUUAUACUGAAGUGCAAAGCUGGUUGCACACUGAUCUUUACUACUCACCAUCUUGAUGAGGCAGAGGUGCUCAGUGAUCGCAUUGCCAUUCUGCAACAGGGACAACUGAGGUGCUACGGUUCUCCUUCUUAUCUGAGAGAAACAUAUGGCCAGGGACACAGUCUAACGCUCAUAAAAAAGCCCUCUGUGUUUGAAAUCCAGGAUCCUAAGCAUGUUGUCCAGGUCACGUCAUUUGUACAGACUCACAUUCCAGAAGCUUUCUUGAAAGAGAACAGUGGGACUGAACUAACCUAUGUGAUUCCGGAAAGGGCAGAUAAGACCUCUUUUAACGGUCUUUUCCAGGCUUUAGAUCAAAACCUUCACCAUUUACAUGUGACUGGCUAUGGCAUUUCUGACACCACCUUGGAAGAGGUAUUUUUGAAGCUACUGCAAGACUCGGAGAAGAUGCCAUUUGUUCCAGAAGGAGCAUAUCCGAACAAUGCAAAAGAUGCUGAAUCAGACUAUAUCUCACUUAUGGAGGCCUCACGUGUGUGUGGAACUAAUCUCAUUCUUGCACAGAUUGUUGCCCUUCUGCUGAAGAGGUUUCACCACAUUAGGCGAGACUGGAGAGGAACUCUAUCGAAUGUGCUUCUUCCAGUCCUUUUUGUUGCACUGGCAAUGGCCUUGUUUAGUGUGAAGCCUCUGGCUGUUGAUUAUCCUUCUAUCAAGCUGACACCAAGACUUUACAAGAAUGCAGAAUCCUUCUUUAGCUCUGGAGAUGAUAAUCUAGGAAACCUUUCUGAGAUUCUACUGAGAUAUUUCUUUGACUGGGACUUCACAUGCAUGCAUUCAAAACAAGGAAAAAAUAAUUCAUGCUGGCAGGUGGAAUCAGAUUCACUCCUGAAUUCAUGUGGAUGCAUGUCUGAAAAGGAAAUGUGUCCAAGUUUCAAUACCUCUGUUCCCUAUGUGAAAAAUAAGAGAGGACAUAUUUUAUACAAUCUCUCAGGGUUGAUUGUGGAAGAAUAUUUAGUGAGGCCUUCCAACAAAGAAAGAUAUGGUGGUUGGUCUUUUGGUGGGAAGAAAGCUUCUGAAUAUCAAGAACAAAAAUGGAAUAAUAUGAAAUAUAAGCCUCUGGUUAAGGUGUGGUAUAACCAAAAAGGUUUCCAUUCACUGCCAUCCUACCUAAAUGAACUCAAUAACUUCAUUCUGUGGCUGAAUUUGCCCCCAGCUGUGGAUUGGAGACAGUAUGGGAUCACACUCUACAGUCAACCAUACGGAGGAGCCUUGCUGGAUGAGGACAAAAUAAUGGAAAAUAUUCGUCAGUGUGGGGUAGCACUCUGUAUCAUGCUGGGUUUCUCCAUCCUCACCGCAUCUAUUGGCAGUGCCAUAGUGAAAGACAGAGUAUCUGGUACAAAACGCUUGGAACAUAUCACCGGCCUGGGUUACAAAACAUACUGGCUUGCUAAUUUCUGCUGUGAUAUGCUGUUUUAUAUGCUACCCGUCACUCUGUGUGUUGGUGUUAUUACUGCUUUCCAGCUAUCAGCCUUCACUUUUCGAAACAAUUUGGCAGCCACUGUUAUCCUGCUGGUUCUCUUUGGAUAUGCAACUUUACCAUGGAUGUAUCUUGUAUCCAGAUUCUUCUCAAGUCCAGAUGUAGCUUUUAUUUCUUACAUCUCCUUAAACUUUGUGUUUGGCCUUUGUACCAUGCUGGUGACUCUCCUACCUCGUUUAUUAGCUAUAAUUUCCAAAGUCCAGAGCUUUCAGAACAUCUACAAGAUCCUCAAAUGGGCAUUUAUCAUAUUUCCACAAUUCUGCUUAGGCCAAGGUUUAAUAGAACUUUCAUACAACCAGAUCAAAUUUGACAUAACCAGCAACUUUGGAAUAGAUUCAUAUAUAAGCCCUUUUGAAAUGAAUUUUCUGGGAUGGAUUUUUGUGGAAAUGGCCCUACAGGGAACAGUUCUUCUUCUUUUACGGCUGUUUUUCCAUUGGGAUCUCCACCAGAAACCAAGGGGUCAGCAUUUAGUUAACAGUGUGGUCAAUCCAUCAGAGGACACUGAUGUAGAAAUGGAGCGACAGCGACUUUCUAGGGGAAGAACUGGUAAUGAUGUCCUUCUUCUGUACAAUCUCAGGAAGUGUUAUGGAGGUUUCAAUAAGAAGAACACAGCUGUGGAAAACAUAAGCUUGGGAAUAACAAAGGGAGAGUGCUUUGGACUCCUGGGAACAAAUGGAGCUGGGAAAAGCACAAUGUUUAAGAUGCUGACUGGAGAUAUUGUUCCAUCUGCAGGGCGUGCUGUUAUCCGAACUCCUACAGGCUCUGAAAUGGAUAUACUGUCUGCUAGUUCUGAAGGCAUUCUUAUUGGCUAUUGUCCACAGCAAGAUGCACUGGAUGAACUUUUAACGGGUUGGGAACACCUUUAUUAUUACUGCACACUGCGUGGAAUUCCGAAGCAACAUAUUUGUAAGGUAGCAGACGACCUUGUUACCCGGUUGCAACUCAGUGCCCAUGCUGACAAAAUGGUGAGAACAUACAGUGCCGGCACAAAAAGAAAACUCUCUGCUGCUCUGGCUCUAGUUGGUAAACCACAAAUACUUUUACUGGAUGAGCCAAGUUCUGGGAUGGAUCCUUGCUCUAAACGUUACUUGUGGAAAACCAUCUUGAAAGAAGUUCAGGAUGGCUGUGCAGCUGUGCUGACAUCCCACAGUAUGGAAGAAUGUGAAGCCCUCUGCACGCGACUUGCUAUUAUGGUGAACGGAAGCUUCAAGUGUCUUGGUUCUCCCCAGCACAUUAAAAACAGGUUUGGAGAUGGCUAUUCUGUCAAAGUUUGGCUUAGCAAAGAAAUAAGCUAUCGAAGAAUGAUUUUGGACUGUCUAAAGCUGCAUUUUCCUGGAGCACAAUUUAAGGGACAACAUCUUAACCUGCUUGAGUACCAUGUACCACGAAGUGAGGGAUGCCUAGCUGAGCUCUUCAGAGUCCUAGAGAACUACAAAGCUUUUCUCCAAAUCAAACACUAUUCCAUUAGCCAAACUACACUGGAGCAGAUAUUCAUUAAUUUUGCUACACAGCAGCAAGGAAUCUCAGAUUCUUCACAAGAAUCUCCCACUGUUCCUCAAGACCACCUGCCAGUUUAGGAUCAGAACAGGAUACAGUUUCAACAGCACGUGUUCAUAUAUGUGUUCGUACGUAUAUAAGUACACAUUUUAUAUGCAGUGAAAACUUUCAGCUGUUAACUGUUUGUGACUGAGUGAGAAGCAUGUAGUAUGAGCAGAGGUGAGUUGGCAUUUGUAGGCCAAAAGGAAUGUUAUCAGUUCUCAGUAAUGCAAGAGAGUAGUGACCUGCCAACAAAAACUCUGCCAGAAAGUAAUGUUUUGAAACUAACUGCAAUUUUAUAAUAAAAAGGGCCAAAUUAAUGCAUCUUUGCAUAACAUAAAAAGACUGGUCUGAAAUGUCACUGUGUACAGUGCAUUUUCUUUUGGUAGUAGAUCUAUAUUCAUUCAAAUGCAGUAAUUUUCUCUUGCAUGCACACUUAGUUGCUAAUUUUUAUGUGACAAGUCAAGAAAAACUAAUCAAAUAGUAGAAAUUGCUAAGCUAUCACCCGACAUUUGUAUUUAAUAGGAAAAAUUGGGAGCCUUUUGACUUCUGCAUUAAUUCAGAUCUGUGUUGUGACAAGUUAAAUU